AAUUCCCAAUUGGCUGACGCAGGACUAUAUUGAAGAAGUCCUCAAACUAUAUCAUCAUGAUGUUACAGUGAAAAUCAACAAUUUCAAUAGUAAAGCCGCCUUCGGUAAAGGUGAAAAUUAUGGUGGUGUUAUGACAAGAAUCAAAGUCAGCUAUGAUCGCCUGAAUAAUUCCAUAAAGGAGGAGAAAAAUUUAUUGGUGAAAAAUUCAUAUGAAGAUGAUGAAUUUUCAAAGGAGAAAAUGAAACCCUACGACAUUUUCAAUCGUGAAAUGUCCAUUUAUGAUCAGGUAUUGCCAAAGCUAAAUCAACUAAUGGCUGAGAUUGAGGAUAAGGAUCAACUAUUUGCAAAUGCGCUAUAUACCGACUAUAAACGACAAGCUCUAAUUUUUGAAGAUCUUUCCCAACAAGGGUUCGUAACGGCUAAUCGCAUUGAGCGGCUAGAUAUGGAUCACGUCCAGUUGGUUUUGAGAAAAUUAGCUAAAAUGCAUGCCACAUCGGCGGUGCUCAAUGAACGUGAGAAAGGUUGUUUGGAAAAGUACGAUCGAGGAUUCUUCAAUAAAUACACCGAUACGUACAAAACGUUUUUCGUUAACACCUUCUUGGCAUGUGCCCGUUAUUUGCAGAGGCAACCAAAUGCACAAUAUUAUGCUGAGAAAAUAUUUGCCAUGGAACCCUAUUAUAUGGAUAUUGGUUUGCGUUGUUUUAUGCCCACGCCGGGGCAUGUCAAUGUGUUGGCUCAUGGUGAUGUUUGGACCAAUAAUGUCAUGUUUAAAUAUGACGCGGCAACUAAGAAGCCUAUUGAUGUUAUUCUAAUUGAUUUUCAAUAUUCAUUUUGGGGUUCUCCGGCUUUGGAUUUACAUCAUUUCUUUAAUACCUCACUCAAGGAGCCAUUAAGGAGAAAUCAUCAGGAUGCUUUGUUUCAAUUUUAUCAUCAUUGGUUUACCGACACAUUAAGGAAAUUGAAGUAUUCAUCCCUUCCCAUACCCAGUUUGAAGACAUUCAAUCAACAUGUGGAACAGAAGAGAUUUUUUGCUCUACAUUCGGGUGUUGUCAUCCAACCGGUAAUGUUGAAUCAAGAUCCCACAGAUGCUGAUUAUCAAGCCUUAAUGGAUGUGGAUGAGCGUGCCAUGAACUUCAAGGCCCGCCUCUAUAAUAAUAAUCCAAUAAUUCAGGAAAAUCUUAAAUUCCUAUUGCCGUAUUUUGAUCACAAGGGACUUUUGGAAGUUGAUCAGUGA